UUCCGACAAGCAGCGCAAUCCGGAAGUAAACCCACGACUGUCUCGUCAAGGAAGCGAGCAGCUGGUCUAAUGCACUAAAAAACUAAAUAAACAAAAACAACAAACAAAAACUUUUGAAGCAAUAACUAAGGAAUGUUGUCCUACGGUAUCUUUUAAAUGUCCAGUUUACUUCUCAUGUUUAAUCCGGAUCUUCAGGGAGAGAAAUGGAGGAAGAUAGGAACCGACUACACUCAUCAGUCACCUCUGCAUCCUCGGAUUGCGGCUUGAAAUCCACUGGCUCGUCGAAGCACCUUAUAUAAUAGACAGUGAACAUGCCCUUCUUUGCCUUCCGCUUUAAUUACAGCCCCAUUUCUCUUGGCUUCUGUCAGACUUUUUACCCAUUCUCCUAGCCAAGCAUAGAAUUAUAUCUAUGAAUACACGUUAUACCACUUCCUGCCUUAUGCUUUGGUUGGUGAGAACUUGCACCUCCCCGACACCCUAUUUACCAUAUCAUAUACGGCUGUCCUGACACCCAAAGGUCCACUUUAACCAUGUUCCGCAAGAAAGCUUACGUAAUUAUUUGUGGCGCUGUGCUGUUUGUCGCUUGGAAUGCCCUUCUGUUAUUUGUUCUCUCAGGGCGGUUUCCUGGAUAUGAAGGAGGAGCAUCUAUUUCAGGAGAAAACGAUCUGCAAAACGGCAACAUUAUGGACAAAUUACUUCAGUUAAUCAACUCCUUCGAAAAGGAACUCAUGACCCAGAAUGAAAUCCUGCACCAGAUACAGAGCCAUAAGUCACUUUGGGAAGAACUUAAAAAAAACAGGACAGCUUUGAGGAGUGUAUUAGAUAACCAAAAUAAUUUCACAAGUACCAGGAGCAAAUUCGUGCCAUCUCCUGUGGUUAUUCCCAUCUUAGUCAUGGCGUGUAACCGAGUGACAGUUACACGCUGUUUGGACAAACUCCUCGAGUACCGGCCAUCGGCUGAACUCUUCCCCAUCAUCGUGAGCCAGGACUGUGGACAUACGGAGACCGCCAAUGUGAUCGCCUCAUACGGCAGCAAACUGACUCACAUUAAACAGCCUGAUUUGUCAGAGAUCUCAGUGCCUGCAGGACAUAAUAAGUUCCAGGGUUACUACAAAAUCUCAAGACAUUACCGUUGGGCUUUAAACCAGGUGUUCAACACUUUCUCAUACUCUGCUGUCAUCAUUGUGGAAGAUGACUUGGAGGUGGCCCAAGACUUCUUUGAGUAUUUUAAAGCCCUUUACCCUAUACUGAAAUUUGACCCAACUCUGUGGUGCGUGUCAGCCUGGAAUGACAACGGCAGGGAAGGAUAUGUAGAUCCUACGAAAUCAAGCCUCUUAUAUAGGACAGACUUUUUCCCAGGGCUCGGGUGGAUGCUGCUUAAGGAAGUCUGGGAUGAACUUGAGCCAAAAUGGCCAGCCUCAUUUUGGGACGACUGGAUGCGGCAUCCCAAUCAGCGCAAAGACCGGUCAUGUAUCCGUCCGGAAAUCUCUAGAACUUUGACGUUUGGCCGUAAGGGUGUGAGUUUGGGUCAGUUCUAUGACAAGUAUCUCCGCUUCAUUAAACUCAACACCGAAUUUGUGCCUUUUACACAUACAGAUUUGUCUUAUUUGGAGCAGGAGAAAUAUGAUGAAGCUUUUGAAAAGGAGGUUUACAACGCUCCUCUUGUAACAGUGGAAGAACUGAAAAACAGGAAGCUGUCCGGACCCGGCCCGUUUCGGCUGCAGUAUUCCAGCGCACCGAGUUUUAAAACACUAGCACGGGAAUUUGGACUCAUGGAUGACUUGAAGUCUGGAGUGCCACGAGCUGGGUAUCGAGGUGUUGUCAGCUUCUUAUCACAAGGAAAGCGGAUAUACAUAGCACCACCUGUUGGUUGGACAAAGUAUGAUCCAAGCUGGAGCUGAGCUUGGGGGAAAAAAAUCAAUGUAGUCAGUACAGUGGAAUUAUACUGUAAAAACAGCUCCACAGUGAUUCGUCAUGGUGCAGAUGUGUUCAGAAUGUGUUUAGCAUCCAUGCAUAAAUAAGUUCCAUUUGUUUGAAAAUGAAAAUGACCAAAGAACAUAUUGUAGAGUAGUUCAUUUCCACAUCUCAGGUCAGUGCUAACAUUUCUUAAUGAAAAGAGAUGAAUAUAUAUCUUCAUUGUUGGAAAGAUUGAUUGUUGGAGUUCUCACACCAAGUUGCCAUCAAAUGUGAUUUGUACUGAUUUUUUUUUUUUUUUUUUUUAAUAUAACGGAUAAUCAUCAGAGGCUUGAUGCAAAUAUUUGUUAUUCACCUGUCACUUUGCAAUCUGAAACUUCUUUAAAGUGCCUUCAAACUUUGAUAGCUUUCGAAAUGAUUAUACUGUAUGUGGAGUUUGUGUUUAAAUGGUGGUGGAUGUUAUGUGUUGUUUUGGGUAGAACAUUUAGCUUUUAAAUCUAUAUUUGUUGGAGAACAUCGACUGAAUGCUUUGAUCACAGACUUAUAAAUGCAAAUUUGGGGGUUUAAUAUGUGGAUAUGUGGGUGAAAAUAAAGCAAACAUUUGUCAUAUUUUUAA